GGUAUGAGAUUUUCGUAUUUGCUUGCUCUCUUCUUAUUCGCAAUUCUGUGCCUAUCUGCUGUGCAUAUCCUUUGAGUAGUUGCCUUUUGGGGUAUUAACCUGCUUUCCUUUACGCACACCCGCCUAUGCUCAAGAGGAUGUUGACGCUGUUGACACCCCUGCAGAAGGUGACGAUAUUGACGAUAUUCUUGAUGCCACGAUUGAAGAACCCGAGGAGGCUGACGACGACAUUAACUACGAAGCAGACGAAGAGGAACCUCUGGCGAUCAAGCCUUUGAGACUGUUCACGCAUCCCCUUACUGACAUUCCUGAGCCUUCCUCUGAUAUCGAAGUGAGCUACAAGGUGCUGACUGGUAAGCAUUGUGGAGCCUGUAUCAUGUGUUCAGAAGACUAUGCCCUCGCCGAGCCUAUUCGUGUGAUUGUGAAUCUGAAGAACAACGGAGUGACUGUGUACAACGUUACGGAUUGCAUGGGCUCUCUGAACGAUGUGGAUGAUUUCUCUCACUACCGCCAGAACUUCACGGAGCGCAAUUUCAACAGCACUUUGUACCCUGGCUAUGAGAUGAACUUUUUGUAUGUGUUCGGCAUCUACGAUUUCAUCGAUCCUGCUGAAUACCAGCUCGCUCUGACCAUUUUCUACGAGACGGACAGCGAUUACUACGCCUCCACCUUCCUCAACGAGACCAUCGAGGUGGUCGAUCACAGCCGUGUGAUGGACUUCCAGAUGAUGACGAUUAUCGCGUUCUUCUUGGCGCUGGGAUUCUUCUUCUACAAGUAUGUUCUGUCAAAGAAGGCCUCUAAGGCGGUUCCUGCGGACAAGAAGAAGAAGAAUAAUUAAUGUGGGUUUCACUGUCAUAU